AAAAUAAAUAGGUAAUUUUCUGGUAAUUAAUUAUUGAAAUUUUAGUUUUGAGUUUACCAAAAUUUGAAGUGGUACUAUCUUUGAUUUACUUAUUAAAUUAUGCUAAUAUCUUAAAGUACUGUGCUGUGAGGUCAUCAAGUACUGUACUUGUGAGUCAUAGUAGACUGUCUGGUAUAUUAAUCGUGGUACGUGCAAGCUGUCUGUCUUAAAGUAGUGUGUUGUGAGCUCAUCAAGUACUUAUGCUUGCGAGUCAUAGUAGACUGUGUGGUAGAUUAAUCGAGGCAACAUGGCCGAAGCUUUCAUUGAAGUUUUGUUACAAAACCUUAGCUCUUUUAUCCAAAAGGAGCUAGGCUUGCUUUAUGGCAUCGAUGAAGAAUUAAGAAAGCUUUCAAGCUCACUAUCGACGAUCAAGGCUGUCCUUCAAGAUGCAGACCAGGAACAACUGAGCGAAAAGGCGAUAAGAAACUGGUUGCAGAAGCUAAACAGUGCUACUUAUGAAGUUGACGAUGUCUUGGAUGAAUGUGCAGUGAAAGCCAUCGGGUUGAAGGAAAGAGCGCGAAGAAUUGGAUGCAUUUCGAUGCCAUCUGGUUUUUCUUUGGAGAAUGUCUUCUUUCGUCAUCAGAUAGGGAAAAAGGUUAAAAAUGCCAUCAAGAAACUAGAUGGAAUCGCUGAGGAACGUAUUAAGUUCCAUUUUUCUGAAGUGACUUCAAAGAAACGAUUAUCCACAACAGAAGAAGUACGUGAAACUGGCUUUGUUUUAACUCCGGCAGAGGUCUAUGGAAGGGACGAUGACAGUAGGAAGAUCAUUGAAAUCUUAACGAAGCAUGUGGAUGAUACUCAAGAGCUUUUGGUUCUCCCUAUAGUUGGAAUGGGGGGUCUUGGAAAGACGACUGUUGCUCAGCUAAUUUACAAUGAUGUGUGGGUACAUGAACAUUUCGAUCUGAAAAUUUGGGUUUGUGUGUCACAUAAUUUUGACGAGAAGAGGUUGAUAAGAGCAAUCGUAGAAGCCAUAGUUGGGAAAGAUAUAAGUGUUUCUGAGUUAGCUUCUUUACAAAGUCAACUCAUAACGUUGUUAAGGGGGAAACGAUAUUUACUCAUUUUGGAUGAUGUUUGGAAUGAAGAUCAAGAGAAGUGGGAUAAACUUAAAGCCUUAUUAACAUUUGGUUCUACCGGUACUUCAGUUAUCACCACUACGCGCUUAGAAAAAGUUGCUUCAAUUAUGGGAACGGUAAAGCCAUACUGUUUAUCCUGCUUGUCGGAGUAUGACUGUUGGUUGUUGUUCAAGCAACGUGCAUUUGGCCUCGACAGAAAAGAAAGCCCGAAUCUUGUGGAUAUUGGAAAAGAGAUUGUAAGAAGAUGUUGUGGUGUGCCUUUGGCUGCUAAAGCUCUAGGAAGUCUUUUGCGCUUUAAGAGCGAUGAAAAAGAAUGGUCGUUUGUCAGAGAUAGCGAUAUAUGGAAUUUGCCACAGGACGAAAGUUCAAUCUUGCCUGCUCUAAAGUUGAGCUAUUUUCACCUUCCUCAAGAUCUGAGAUGCUGUUUUGCUUAUUGUGCGAUAUUUGAGAAAGGCUCGAAAAUUGACAAAGAAGAGCUGAUUUAUUUCUGGAUGGCCAACGGAUUUAUAUCAUCGGAGGGAAACUUGGAACCUGAGGAUAGGGGUAAUGAAGUAUGGAAUGAGUUAUACUGGAGAUCAUUGUUCCAAGAAGUGCAGCAAAAUUCCGAUGGGAGGAUGUUGUUUAAGAUACACGAUCUUGUUCUUGACAUGGCCCGAUCUAUAAUGGCUGAUGGAAUUCAUGCAACAAUACUCGAAGGAGGGGAAAAGAUAUCGGCAAGCAGAAUUCGUCAUGCAACAAUACAUGCAGAAGAUAAGUCAUUUCUUGCUUUUCCAAAAUGUACUAUGCCUUACAACCCUUCAACAAUCACAGUGUAUCGUUCUUUAAGGGUGUUGAUUUUUUGCUCCGUUCAGUUAAAGGAAUUGCCAUCUACAAUCGGAAAUCUGAUACAUUUAAGGUAUUUGGACCUUUUCAGUACAUGUAUUGACAGUCUUCCUCGGAGUAUAUGUUCUCUUCAGAACCUGCAGAUGCUGAGUGUAGAGGAUUGUUGCUCACUUCGUGUUUUACCGAAACAUCUGAGAUAUCUAAGGAAUCUUCGACAUCUUCGGCUAAAAGGUUGUCCAUUGAGUCACAUACCUCCUAAUAUAGGACAAUUGACACACCUCAAGACUUUAAACAAGUUUGUCAUAGGGAAAAGAAGAUGUUCCAAGCUUAGUGAAUUGCGAGACUUGAAUCUCCGGGGAGAAUUAGUUAUUGAACACCUUGAGAGAGUUGAAAAUCAUAUGGACGCGAAAGAAGCUCUAUGUUCAAAGCAAAACCUCCAAAGUUUAGCGUUGUACUGGAAUCGCUCCACUGAGUGUGUGUCAUCAAAGGAUGUUGAUCUGCAGGUGCUCGAAGCACUAGAACCUCAUUCCGACCUUAAGCAUUUGAAGGUAUCCGGUUGCAGAAGUACACGCUUGGCGAGUUGGAUGAAGGAUUCAGUUUUGAGAACUAUCGUCACCCUUUAUCUUCAUGAUUGUAAAUACUGCCUGCAUCUCCCUCCACUAGCUCAGCUUCCUCGUUUGAAAUCUCUUUCGCUGAGGGGACUUCAUAUUGAGUACAUUGACAGUGACGUUGAAAGCGGAGUAUCCCAAUUAAGAAAGUUCCCAUCCUUGGUAUCACUUGAGAUGUGCAACCUCCCGAAUUUAAAAGGAGUUUCAAUCAAAGAAGGAGAAGAAAAAUUUCCUAGUCUUCACGAGAUGUGGAUUGAAGACUGCCCUUUGCUGAAAUUUCCGCGCCUUUUAUCAGUCAGAAAUUUGAGAAAUAUCAAAUGCUCGAACAUGACUCUAGCCUCUAUCUCUAAUCUUUGCGGCCUCACCAGCCUAGCAAUUUCUAACAACAAGGAACUAACUUCUUUCCCUGAAGAGGUGCUAACAAACCUCACCGAUCUUGAAACAUUGUCGAUUGUGAAUUUCUCGAAGCUGGAAGUACUGCCAAACAGCCUGGAAAGCCUCACUGCGUUGAAGUCCAUGUGUAUUGCUUACUGCAACCAAGUAAAAUCUCUACCAGAGCAGCAGUUGCAAGGCCUCACCUCAGUCUGUAAAUUGUCAAUCAACCGGUGCCUAGCUUCCUUGGAGGAACUGGCAAUUCUUGGGUGUCCUGAGUUGGUUUCUUUUCCACAUGAGAUUAAACACCUGAAUUCCCUUCAUUGUGUUCAUCUUGAUGGCCUUCCAAUGUUCCACAUGAAGGAAGACACUGCUAUUCACCCUGAGGAGUUUGGUUUUUGGCAAUUGCCUGAGGCUUUGCGGCAUGCCCACAAUCUGCAAUCUCUUUCUGUGGGUAGAUUCCCACGUUUGACUUUAUUGCCUGAGUGGUUAGGAGAACUUAUGUCUCUCAAGGAACUGAACAUCGUACAGUGUGAUAAUCUUGCCUCACUGCCAGAUUGUAUAGAGAGAAUGAACCUCCAGUCUUUGAACAUCUUGGGAUGUGCCAUAUUGGAUAAGCGUUGCAAGCCGGUACAAGGAGAAGAUUGGUACAAGAUUGCACACAUUCCAAAAGUGAAAAUCAGUCAAAAUUGUGAAUUUUUUGGUAUCAACUUGUCGUCACCAGAGAGUUUCAUUGGUCUAAGGCGAUUUCACUUGUAAAAGGCAUCAUCGCUAAAUAAUAUCACCAUUCCUAAAGUGUCGCGUAAUAUUUAUGUAUAUUACAGUGCCUAAAGUUUCAGAAAUCAAAGGAUCACGACACAUUGGACUGUAAUAAGAAGAAUAUGGCUGUACCGAAAUGCAACUUCCAGGUGCGAUACAUCUAUAAGAAGAGCGAUAAUGAACUGGCGCGAACACAUUAGGUUGAUCCCAAUAUACAAAAGGCAUGACUGUAUUUGGUGGAUACAUUGGAAAAACAAGAUAUGAACAUUGGUUAUGGUAGUGAAUAUUGGACGCGGUGUUAGCCAUUUUACAGGCUUUCACGUAUCUACUGGUGCUACAGAUGACGGUAUAUAGUCGCCUGACCUCGAGACAAGGCGUAGCCCAUUAUUUCAAAUGGUGCAGGAGCUGCAGAACCUGAAGGUUCAGAAUGUAUACUUGUAGCUUUCUCUGAAGUUUUGGUCUUACAACAGAUUCAUUAGCUCCCGAUACAUUCGACGAAAAUGUAUUUUUCCUUUGCAUAAUUAGCUUCCGUUACAUUUUUUUUUUCGAUUUUGGGUCUAUCGAGAUACAAAUACAUCAAACGCAGAUACAUUUGUUCCUUGUAAAGAUACAUAAUUUGCUACCCGAUACACUUUUUUCAA